GCUGGAUUCUCCUUGAGUGAACCCUGACUGUGCGCAGUGAGCUUUUGCUGCUCUGCCUGCUGUCCUGCUCGACUGACUCAGCUGUGCAGGCAGCCAGCCGGCUGGCCUUUUGAAGGGAGAACACCGGCUGCAGGACCAGUCUCUUCUACUGGAGUGCUAAGGGGGCUGCCAGGCAGGCUCACCUCCCCCCCAGGACUACUCAGCACUGGAGGUUCAUCAUUGGGACGUUCCACCCAGAGAGCAGCUUCCAUAUUCAGUCAAGCCUGAAUUAAACCAAAGGAUAUUCUGUUAUCUGGAGCCCGGGCUGGAUCCAGCAGCAGUAUUUGUUUUGGAGCACAUCUGGCGGUCAUGGAGGUCCAGAGGGUUGGGGUUGAACCCCCGAGGCUGGACCCUCCAUCCAAAGCCGUUGGCGUGAUACUAUCUGUUCUUCUUGGUGUGUGGUCCACUCAGGCACUUGAGAUGAUAGUGGGGAAGAUAAACCACCUGGAGGCAGUGAACGGCAGCACCAUCAUGCUGCCUUGCAAAUACCACAGCUGUAUUGGAAUCGAAAAUCUCUAUUUCAACUGGCAGUUCAAUGACAAUGGCACCAUGCAGAAGGUAUGUGACUCGGUGAUAAAAUCAGCUUGGGUGAUGCCUAAUGUGAAAAUAUAUCGAGAGCGGGUGGAGUUUGUGGGGAUGAAUGACGAAGGCAACGUCUCCAUCCUGCUAUAUAACAUCACCUUCGAGGACGCAGGCGAGUACACGUGUUUUGGGAAAAACCCCAAAGAGAAAGGCAAGAACCACAGCGCCAUCUUCACCCUGAUCGUGGUGGACGAGCUGAGGGUGGUGGACAACACGGUGGCCACUAUCAUAGCCUCGUGUGUGGGCGGAGCCAUUGCACUGUUAAUGGGCUUCGUUCUGCUCAAGAACUUCACUCUUUUUGUUCUUUCCAAACUUGAAGAGAAAAAUAAGGAGUGCCUUGUAACUUCAUCAGGGAUCGACAACACAGAAAAUGGCCUCUCAGGAUCCAAAGCUGAUUCAAAAGCGACACCAAAAAAGAAAUGA